AGGAGAAGUUGUUCUUGUAGCCGGCAGUGUGACAGCGAGGCAGACGGCCCACCUGGCUCCACACACCAAGACCCCCGAGCCUCCCAUACCGCGCUCAUCCACUCAGGUUGAUCCGUCAGCAUGGAGGAUUUGUCCGAGCAGUCCCACUGGCCGUCUCCGUCUCUGCUCAGCUCCGAUCCUCUGGCCGGUUUCUCCUCCGAGUCCGGCCUUCUGCCUCCGGGAGACGACGGGGAGGUCUUCUUCCCCGGCCCGGACGCGGACUACGCCGGCCUGCCCUCCUUCUUCUCCAACCCGAGCCACGGCCGGGCGCCGCCCGCCUACAGACACAGCGCGGUCAGACCGGUGUUCACCUCCCCCGGCCUCCUCAGCAACCUCCAGCUGCUGGACGGGCCGGGCGGCCACUCCUCCCUGAGCUCGGCCUACGGCCACCCGGCCUCCGCCUGGAGCCCCCUCACCAAGACCCCGCUGCACUCGCACACCCCGACCUCCCUCUACAGCCCCUGUGUCACGCCGUCCUUCGCCGCCUCCAGAGACGGAUACUUGUCUCCGGGCAGAGAGGGCAGGGAGAGCCCCCGGCUUCAGGAGGCCCUGAAGGCCGAGCGCCUCAGCCCUCUAGGGGGGUCGGGGGUCGGCAGCAGCUUCCUGAAUCUGACCCCCGCUACUGGGAGCGUGUACGCUCCGUCGUCACACUGCCACCCGCACCUGCUGAGCCCGUACAGCUCGUACAUGACGGGCCAACAGGACUACAACUCCUCUGCGCUCUACUCCAGCCCCGGAGCGUGGAUCAGCCCCUCGUUCUCCCCGAAGCUCCGCAAUAAGAUGAGGAUAUCCACUCCAGAGGCCAGAGAGUGUGUGAACUGCGGAGCCACGGCCACCCCUCUGUGGCGUCGGGAUGGUACGGGCCACUACCUGUGCAACGCCUGUGGACUGUACCACAAGAUGAACGGCCAGAACCGACCGCUCAUCCGGCCCAAGAAGCGAUUGAUUGUCAGCAAGCGGGCGGGCACGCUGUGCGCCAACUGUCACACGAGCACGACGACGCUGUGGAGACGCAACGCCGGCGGAGAGCCCGUGUGCAACGCCUGCGGCCUCUACUUCAAGCUGCACAACGUCAACCGGCCCCUCGCCAUGAAGAAGGACAGCAUUCAGACGCGCAACCGAAAAGUGUCCAACAAGAACAAGAAGAGCAAGAAGGCGGCCAUGUUUGAGGCCUACUCGGAUAUGACUCAGCCCCCGCCGUCCCUGGACGACGACUGCGGGCCGUUCUCCGUCGGCCCCGGCGGGUCGCUCCUCGCCUACGGCCACGCGCCGCACCUCCUCCCGUCGCCGUCCCCGCUGCAUCCCUCCGCCUCCUUUCAGUACGCACACCACCUCAACGCGGCCAUGAUGCCCACGCUGGUGUGAAACUGGCACCAGGAAGGGGCGUUUUAUUUAGGAAUCGAGGCCCCCCCCCCCCCCCCGCUCGCUUUGCCAGUUUUUUGCGUGCAUUUGUACAUAUAUGCGUUUGUACAUUGGACCACUUGAGAUUUCUGUCUAUUUUCACUGUAUUUUACAAGAUGAGUGGGUGAACACACUGAUGAGGGAAUUGUUUCAGCUGUGAAUAAAAACACUCUUCUCCAUUAAUCACAA